GAUCUGACAAAAGGCAGAAUUCUCAGGUGAAGGCGAUUGCAAGGAGGUUAGAGAGGAGGGAAGUUGGGAGUGGUUUGAACAUAAAUAUAUUUUUUAAAUUGACAGAUACGAGGACCAAGAGUAUGGAGUGAUGAUUGAAGAGGGUUUGAGAGAUGCUGGAACACAGAGCGAAGUGAUGCCAAGCAGUUAGAUUCUGGGGGUCUGGCAAGGAGAACAUUGGCAGGUUGAAUCUGGAGGAAACCAAGGUACCGGGUAAGCUGGCAUCCACCUCAGAUACAAUGAUGAAAUCAAGUUCAACCGAGAUCACAAACCUAGGCAUGCAGUCAUGCUCCGAGUCCAAAGAUCUGUUGACUAACCAUGGAGGAAGCACCACCUACAGCAGCUCCAGAAGUGUAUCCAUUUGGACCUCAGAGCCACAGAACUCCUGUGAGGUUUAUCAUAAACCUAUCAUUGUCAUGUCAGUAGGAGGAGCAUUUUUUAUUCUGGGUUCCAUAACAAGUGGCCUGUUCUUUGCACAGAUCACCAAGAAAACCUGCAAUAUACUGGGACCAGCAUUUUUGUCUAUCGGGAUUAUGUUUCUCAUUUUUGGAUUGGUCUGGCUCCCUAUUCUCAAGGAAAAGCGACAAAAGAAGCCAGCUUCUCGAUAUCUCAGGAAACAAAAGUCAACAUUUUUUACCUUGUGAGAGAAAAUGGUGCAACAAAGAUUCUUGGACACCUUCACUAUGAUACACAUUUUUGUGGAGUCUACAGUGAUUGAUGGAGAUGAAUAAAACUCACCCUUUACGUGCGUUGAAAUCAGUGAACUUGACUCAAGAGAUGGACUUCCAUUUCUAAGCACAUUUCACAACCUGAGUAUAUCGCAAAGAGCUUGACAACUAAUUGCAUGCUUCUUUUUGAAGUGCAAUCACUAUGAUAGGUCUUAGAAAAUGAAAUCAAAGCACUGUGGCUUUGGAUGUUUUUAUGAGUUUAAUAAUGCCUGAAAUGAGUGGAUCGGUGAAUAUUUAAAAAUUAUUUUUCAUGUCCCACAUUGAUGGAAGUUGAUCCGAAAUUUAACAGUGGCUUUUCAGUGCCAUUCCGUUCUAGUUGUCAAGGAAAUGGAAAGCCAAGAAUUGCUCGAUCAAACAGUCUUAUUUACUCUGCAGUUAACAGUCUCAGGCGUCGCGAAACGAAUUAUGCCGAUGAUGAGUUGUAAA